UGGUACUGUACUUGUAUUAUUAUGUACUUCACUCCACCAUGACAUCUAGAACAUCUCCAUCUCCAUCUCCAUCCUCCCUCUAAUAAUUUCCAACCAUACAACUCACCUACACCCUCAAUACCACCAUCACAUCUUACCAUCUCACCAUCUCACCAUCUCAUCAUCUCACCAUCUCACCAUCUCAACCCACCCAUCAUGCCCCACAACAAAACCACCACACACCCCAAAUUCUCCCACCUCCCCCUCAGCACCUCCGGCCCCGUCGAAUGCGCCCUCACCGGCUCAGCGCUGCUCAACAACCCCUAUUUCAAUAAAGGCGUCGCCUUCCCUACCGAUGAGAGGGACACAUUUGGGUUAACUGGCUUGUUGCCGGCGAAUGUCCAGAGUCUGGAGAUGCAGUGUAAGAGGGCUUAUCAGCAGUUUUGUACGAGGAGUGAUGAGUUGGCCAAGAAUACUUUUAUGACGAGUUUGAAGGAGCAGAAUGAGGUGCUUUAUUUUAAGGUUUGUGGGAUUUUGAUUUUUUUUUUGAGAUUUUGAGAUUUUGAGAGCUACGGUUGGUUGGGGGUAACAUAGGGGAGAGAGGGGGUUUAUGGGGUGGUGAGGAGAGGGAUUUUGGGGAUGUUCGAGUGGACGAGUGAGGUUGUUUGGAUAUGCUAUUCAUAUUGCGUGGCUCCAUAUAUAGCGAAGUGAGAAAGUAAGGGGUACAUUCAAGUGGAUGAGAUAUCAAGUUUUGGCUUACGCUCUUCUCAUUGAGUCUUGGGAACGAGACGCACUGUGGGAGUUUUGAACUGCUUUUGUCCUUUGAGCGUGGAUAUGUUUACUACAGACUCGCUAUCGGAUCAACCCAAUUGAUAAGUCUGAAUUGUCUUGAGUAACACAAUGAACUCUCAACAGAUCCGUUCCCAAAUCCACAUUGGUCGUUCUCACUUUUGGGCCCCAAAAUUUCAUCCUAUACAUCUACUUGUUGGAACCUUAUUUUAAUGUGUCCAGUGUCUCUUUCUUAUACUGGGAUCGUUCUCAAAAUGGAUGUGGCUUUCAGUUCUAUAAAACCGGGCUAAUUGAAAUAGUUAAUUCAUGACCAUCUCAAAGAGAUUUUCUCAAUCAUCUACACUCCAACUGAAGGAGACGCAAUCCAAAAUUACUCCAGACUCUUUCGGCGAGCAGAAGGUUGUUUUCUCAAUAUCAACGACGUUCAUCGAGUCCACGAUGACAUAGCUCGGUGGGGAAAUCCAGAAGAUAUAGAUUACAUCGUCGUAACUGGUUCGUUCUCUUCCUUCUCCCAUCCCCUUCAUAACUCCCACUCACAAUCUCUGCAGAUGGCGAAGAAAUCCUCGGAAUUGGCGACCAAGGAGUCGGAGGAAUCCUCAUCUCAGUCGCAAAGCUGGUUUUGACGACUGUCUGCGCAGGAAUCCAUCCAAACAGAACCCUCGCAGUAGUAUUAGAUUGCGGAACCGAUAACGAAGAACUUCUCAACGACGAUCUAUAUCUCGGCCUGAAGCAGCCGCGGGCAAGAGGAAAGAAAUAUGACGAUUUUGUGGAUACUUUUGUGCAAGCUGCGAGGAAGUCGUUUCCUAGGGCUUAUAUCCAUUUUGAGGAUUUUGGACUUCCUAAUGGUAAACUUUCCUAGCCAUGUUUAUAGGGUAGUGUUAACUCUAAAUAUAGCGAGGAGAAUUCUGGAUCGAUAUAGACCGGAAAUAGCCUGUUUCAACGAUGAUGUUCAGGGUACUGGUUGCGUUACUUUAGCUGCUAUUAUGGCUGGUUUACAUGUUAGUAAGUUGAAGCUGGAGGAUAUGAGAAUGGUGGUUUUUGGAUCCGGAACAGCAGGAACUGGAAUUGCGGAUCAAGUUCGUGAUGCUAUUGCGGCAGAUAGCGGAAAAUCUAAAGAAGAAGCUGCGAAGCAGAUUUGGUACAUUUCCAUUAACUUUCAAUUCUUCAUUUGCUGACGAGUCUAGGUGUGUUGAUAAGCCCGGCCUUCUUCUACAGAGCCACGGUGACAAACUAACACACGCCCAAAUUCCCUAUGCACGUCGGGACUCGGAAUGGAAAGGAAAAGACCAUUCCAAUCUGCUCGACGUAAUCGAAGCGGUCAAACCACACGUCCUUAUCGGCACAUCCACACAACCAAAAACCUUCACCAAAGAAAUCGUCGAAAGAAUGUCUUCUCACGUCGAACGUCCCCUGAUCUUCCCCCUCUCAAACCCUACCCGUCUCCACGAAGCAGACCCCAAAGACAUCAACGAAUGGUCUCAAGGAAAAGCCCUCAUCGCAACCGGCUCUCCCUUCCCACCCGUCACUUUCAACGGCGAGGAAUACGAAAUAGCCGAAUGCAACAACAGCACCUGUUUCCCGGGUAUCGGUCUAGGCUGCGUUCUUUCCCGAACAAAGCUGUUAAGCGACAAAAUGCUUGUUGCGGCUGUGAAAGCUCUAGCUGCGAAAUCCCCGGCUUUGAAAGAUCCGAAGAAGGGGCUUUUGCCAGAUGUGGUGGAUGUGAGGGAGAUUAGUGUUUGUAUUGCCAAAGCGGUUAUUGAACAGGCGGUUGAGGAGGGAUUGAAUAUGCAGAAGUAUAUUCCUACUGGUGAGCUGUUGGAGGAGUGGAUUCGUGAGCAGAUGUGGGAUCCGGUUUAUAGGCCGUUGAAGUUGGUUAGUAAGGAGACGGCUAGUAAGCAUGCGAAGGGGGAGUUGGGAAGUGCGGGGGUGGAUUGAGUGGGCUUUUUGGAUGUUUGGAUUGGAAAUUUGGAUAUUUGGAUAUUUGAAUACCUAAAAGUAAUUUCAUGGCCAUUGUUUCUGA